AUAGAUCAUGUGACUGUCCAAAAUGGGGGACGAACUUCAAAUGUAAACAAUUGAAAGCUCUAUUAAUUAUAAUUUUGCAUUGAAGCCCAUGUGUCAAGAUGGAAGAAAUGACCAGGAGACAAAACUUGGCUCAUCAGAAGCUAACCGAGAUACCAGAGGACAUAGUGGACCGUACUGCUCAGUUGGUUGAAGAACUAGAUCUUUCCUAUAACAGAAUCUCUGAUUUACGUUUCUUGUUGGCGUACACCAAACUACAAUCACUUGUGUUGGACCAUAAUUGUGUCACAUCUCACACACAGUUCCCUGACAUGCCUCAUCUGCACACCUUAUGGUUGAACCACAACAAAAUACAGAACCUUAGUGUUUUUAUAUCUACCAUUUCGAAGAAGUGUACCAAUCUGCGGUACCUGUCAAUGAUGAACAAUCCUGCAGCACCCAGUUAUUUCAAUAACGGGACAUUCGAACAAUACACAGACUACAGGCAUUUUGUGAUCAGUCGGCUUCCAAAGCUUCAGAUGUUGGAUGAUACGAAAAUCGAUGACAAGGAGCGAAGUGAGGCAGAGAGGGUGUACAGACCGGUCCGAAAGAAAAAGGCAGCCAAUCCAUCUUAGAUGAAAAACUUCUGUACAAACCAGCAUACAGUGCAGUUAUUGAAGAUGGAAUUACUAUCAAAUUGACGACAUAGUUUAGACUAAUUUAUUUUAGCUCGAUUGCAUCGAAAGCCUCAGGCUUAUUGAAACGCUCUCGAGUCCGUUUCCAUGGCCUAGAACCCAUGACCUUCCGGUUGCUAGAAAUUAAAACUAAUUUUAAACUGUCGCAGUGAAGAUGCACAAGGUCUUCAAAUAAUACAGUUAUCACACCCUAGGAUUUAACAUUGUACUGCUUGAUGUGCCAUUUCCAUUUGUCAUUCUUAUUUGAAAUCAUAUCUUGCGUUCAACUUAAUGUAAAACACACAUGCUUGUUAACACGGCGUUUAAUUAAUUAACUUCCCGAAGUUGCUUGUUGAUGUUCUAAAAAUUGUAACUAAAUGCUACUAUAUCCAUAUAUCGUUUUACUUAGACCAACUUUUUACCGUUGCAGUUCUUUUGUUGUGAUUUGCAUACAACCAAAGGGUAGUUUAUUGAUAUUUACAUUGGAAAACGAUUUUUUUUUUUUUAUGUGGCAAUAUUAUGUAAGGAUGCUGUUGACGGUAUAAACAUCCACUGCUUUGCAUUAUUGGACCGUUUCAAUGCAGACUUAUUUAUUAUUGUAUAAUUUAGAUUUCUUGUUUUGUGAUUCGACGUUUCAUUGAUGCAAUAGAAGCUUCCAUAAACGUCAGAAAUAAUAAAAUUAUUUUAGUAUGCACAUUUAUCAAAUUGAUUAAGUAAUCGCACUUGUACAUCACAUUCCUAGUCGUUGAAUUAUUUGAUGCGGAAGAACACAUGCAUUGUGUUUGUCAUUUUUCAAAGUAUACGUGAUUAUAUCUCGGGGGUUUGAUUUUAGAAGAAUUGAAAAUACUUUUUAAAGAUAUAUUUUUAAAGACAGCUGGCGGAGAAGAUUGACCUGCAUGUAUUGGCAACUUGCCUUUAAUAAGAUCCAUUGUAUUUACUUAAAGGGUUCUUUAGUUGUGUUGAUUUUGCUUCUAUGAUUUUUGCUAAACAGUUUACUGCCAAAGAUGAGUUGCUGAAAAUUUAACGGCAAAUUAUGCUAACGGCUGUUAAGUUUUGGAUAAAGUUUUUUAUGCAAAUUAGUUGUUAAUCGUUCAAUUGAGUGUGUGUCUGUUUAAUGUAAAUAAUCAUUUUAUCUCAAAUAAUGAUCAUUCUUUUUUUUUAAACAUGACAUUGAACGUAUAGAUUUUGUGUUUUUAUAAGUGACAUACAGAAAUAAUUCUGUUAUGUUUAAAAAAUCCAUGACUUGACAAUUGGUCCAUGUACAUUGUAGUCAUGUCUGAACACACAUUUUCAGUAAUUUAUUAUUUGUUAUACUUUUAGAGUAAUAUACCUUAAUUAUUUUUAGAUGUUAAUGUGCCAAAAAGGGGUAUUGAUUCUCAGAAAAGUCCACCUAACUACCUGCUAUUUUUAGAUCGACUAUUAUAUAUGAAAUAUAUAUAGUGGAGCUAUCCUACUCACCCCGGCGUCGGCGUUUCCGUUAGCGUUAGCGUGCAAAUGUUAAAGUUUUCGUACUACCCCAAUUAUUUUCAUUGUCCCUUGACAUAUUGCUUUCAUAUUUUGCAUUCUUGUUUACCAAUAUGACCCCAACCUAUAAACAAGAGCAGACAACUCUAUCAAGCAUUUUUUUUAUAUAAUUAUGGCCCCUUUUCCACUUAGAAUAUGCAGCAAAUGUUAAAGUUUGCGUACUACCCCAAAUAUUUUCAAUGUCCCUUGAUAUAUUGCUUUCAUAUUUUGCAUACUUGUUAACCAUCAUGACCCCAACCUAUAAACAAGAGCAGACAACUGUAUCAAGCAUUUUGACAGAAUUAUGGCCUCUUUUAUACUUAGAAUAUGCAUAUUAUUGAUAAAUCUAUGUUAAAGUUUGCGUACUUUUGACCUUGAAGUUGAACUUAGGGUCCGCGUUUAGGUUUCGAAAUCUGUGUUUAGGUUUCGAAAAAUGCUCAUAACUUCUAUGUCCCUUGAGAUAUAACCUUCAUAUUUGGUAUGCAUGUGUAUAUGGACAAGGCCUUUCCAUACGCACACAAAUUUUGACCCCUGUGACCUUGACGUAGAACUUAGGGUCCGCGUUUAAGUUUCGAAAUCUGCGUUUAGGUUUCGAAAAAUGCUCAUUACUUCCAUGUCCCUUCAGAUAUAACCUUCAUAUUUGGUAUGCAUGUGUAUAUGGACAAGGCCUUUCCAUACGCACAAAAAUUUUGACCCCAGUGACAUUGACCUUGAACUUAGGGUCCGUGUUUAGGUUUCGAAAUCUGCGUUUAGGUUUCGAAAAAAGCUCAUAACUUCUAUCAAGCGUUUACAGGGGGCAUAAGUCAUCCUAUGGUGACAGCUCUUGUUUCGAAAAUAUGUUCGUCUGUAUUUUUUUUAGCUUAUUGGACCGCUUACAUGACUUAACUCCGCUUGCAUGACUCAACACAUGUAUACAUCAUAUACUUAUCAAAAAUAGAAUAUUGUAUACAUGUGUUCUUGUUAUUUAUUAACACAGUGCAAUUGAAAACCAAUAACGUACGGUAAUACAUGUAUGUGCAUGGUAUAAUAACAAAUAAAUUCAUUCAUGCUUUGUAUUAGCUUACAUGAAUAGGAAAUAUGUCAUUACUAGAUAAUCGAUUACCACUUAAAUUGUCUUUUGGCUAUGGUUGUUGUCGCAAUUUUGUUUACAAGGCACGAUAAAUACUU